AUGGAUACUGUUGACUUUGAUCUCAACGAUGCCCUAAAACACUACAUGUCAGACCCGGCUGGCGUCGCUACGCCCGAGGCUGACAGCGCUCUCUUCGACUGCGAGAACGACCCCGAAGCCCUCACUCUGCCGGUGGUUAACUCGGUCCUGAACCCAAUUGUCGAUGCAGUCGCCGAUAACCCAGAUGCAAUCAUGCGCGCCUCCCACAUGGAUUCGUUGCAGUUUCUUCUCAAAUACACCGCACACCUCCCUACCCACGCCCUCAGCAAGAUCUUCGACCUGAUCAUGAGUGGCUUGAGUGCAGAGGCCGACUCUGUCCACUCCGAUAUCGACUCCCCCGACGAGCAGGACUCGGUGGCCCACCACAAGAAACUCCUCGAGAUAUACGGUUUUCUCCUGCAAUGGACGAUCGCUGCAGUCGAGACAAAGGCUGCCGAGAAGACGACAACAGCGCCGGUUGCUAGAGGUCGAGGAAAGCCCAAGAAGGGCUCUGCGAAGGACAAAGACGCAGCCUGGGAUUCGGCUACACAGCUGCAGGCGGCUCUGGAGAUUAUGUGCAAGGUUCUCAAGCUCAAGCUCUCCAAGAUCUUCCUGACGACAAGUGAGAGAGAUACUUUCAUUGGCCUCCUUACCCGACCGGUUUACAUGGUUUUGGAGAGUGAGCAACGAGUCAAGACCACAGCGAUCAGAAUGCACUGCUUCAAGGUCCUUUGCAUUGCUGUGAAGCACCAUGGCCACGCAUACGCGGCGCAAAUCAACAUCAUUCAAAACUUGACAUACUUCGAACACUUGUCAGAACCCAUGGCCGAAUUUUUACACAUUUUGGCCGAGACAUAUGACUAUCCUCAACUGGCUGAUGAAGUGCUGCGCGAGAUUAGCAACAAGGAGUUCAACUCUAACGAUAACCGUGGACCCAAGUCAGUUUCUUCCUUUAUCACUAAGCUGUCCGAGCUGGCUCCUCGGUUAGUGAUUAAGCAGAUGACUAUGCUUGCGAAGCAACUUGACAGCGAGUCAUACACUCUCCGAUGUGCACUGAUCGAGGUUUGCGGAAACAUGGUCGCCUAUCUCAGCAAGCAAGAUGAGCGCAGCGAGAACCACAAGUCCCAGCUUAACGCCUUUUUCGACGUCUUGGAAGAGCGAUUCCUGGAUAUCAAUCCCUAUUGCCGAUGCAGAACCAUGCAAGUAUAUAUACGACUUUGUGAUCUUGCUCAGAAAUUCCCUAAGCGACGGCAAAAGGCAGCGGAGCUCGCAUGCAGGAGUUUGGAGGAUAAGAGCAGCAAUGUCAGGCGUAACGCCAUCAAACUGUUGGGUGCCUUCAUUAAGACCCAUCCCUUCACGGUCAUGCACGGUGCACAGCUUUCUCGAAAGGAAUGGCAAGCACGUUUGGACAAGGUACAAGAGGAACUGGAUGCUUUGAGACCUCCUCCUGGUGUCCCUGGCUUCGGCAACGACCAAGCGAACACAACAGUUGAUAACGAGCUUCUGGACGAGGCCACACAGCUUGGCUCACCUCAGAAGCCCACACAGAUGACCGAAGAGGACAAGGCGGCUGCCAUCCAGAAGGCUCAGGAGGAGGCUGCCACUGGUGAGGCCAUUGAGAAACUCACCCUUACCAGGAGAUAUUACAACGAAGCGUUGAAGUUUAUCGAAGUCAUCGAUGAGGCCACUACCAUUAUUUGCCAACUUCUCGGUUCGAGGAACAAGAGCGAAGUCAUUGAGGCCAUUGACUUUUUCGAAGUUGGCGACGCCUACAACAUUGAGCAGAACAAGGUUGGUAUCCGACGCAUGCUUCGUCUCAUCUGGACCAAGGGCAACAGCGACGAAGGCAAGGGUGUCCAAACACAUCUGAUCGAAUGCUACAAGCGACUCUUCUUCGAGGCCCCUGAAUCCUUCAGCCCCAACGACGCAGCUAACUACAUUGCGCGAAACAUGAUCAGUCUCACCUUUGGCGCCACCCCAGCAGAGCUCACUUCUCUUGAGCAGCUUUUGGCGACAAUGAUGAAGGGUGGCAUGAUUCCCGAGGUUGUUGUCAACAAACUUUGGCAAGUUUACGGCGUCCAGAAGCGCGAGAUCUCUCGUACUCAGAGACGAGGUGCCAUCAUUGUUCUGGGAAUGCUUGCCACAGCGAACCCAGAAAUCGUCGUCGGUGAGAUGGAGACUAUGCUUCGAACUGGCCUUGGUGCAUACGGACGUAGCGAUUUGCAGCUGGCCAAGUUCACUUGCAUUGCCUUGAGGCGAAUCAACCCUACCGGACGACAAGCAAAGGACUCGACCGUCAAAUUCUCACGACUACCGAACGACCAUGCUGUGUCAGUGAGACUGGCUGCUAUCACCGAGGUCCAGUCUGACAGCAAGGAGUGGUAUGGUGUAGCUGAGCAAGCCAUCAGUGCUAUCUAUGCUGUCUCCAAGCAUCCCGACACUCUCUGCUCAGAUCUGAUUCGGCGAAAGUCCAAACAGGUGUUCGGACAGUCUCGUUCGCCCCCGUCUUCACAGCCCAAUUCGCGACCCGGGUCCAGUGACGAGACAAAGUCUGUGCAAAUGGAAGAUCAAAUUCAGUCUCAGCUUCAGUCCCAGUCUCAAGGCGACAAGUCCAGGAAACGCGACAACGCCAUUGCUCUUUCACAACUUCUCUUCAUUGUUGGUCACGUCGCCAUUAAGCAGAUUGUUCACCUUGAGCUGUGUGAGCUUGACUUUAAGCGCAGAAAGCAGGAGAAGGAGAAACAAGCACCGGCCAAGAAUGAUAAGGACAAGGAGGAUGCAGACGAGUUGGACCUUAUCGGAGGAACAACCGAGGACGACUUUACAGAAGCUAUGGCACAUAUUCGUGAGCGAGAACUUUUGUACGGUCCCAGUUCAUUGCUGGCUGUCUUUGGCCCGCUGGUGUCAGAGAUCUGCGCCAACAACACGACAUACGCCGACAAGGGACUCCAAGCCGCUGCGACACUGUGUCUUGCCAAGCUCAUGUGCGUAUCUGCAGAAUACUGUGAGACCAACCUACCACUGCUCAUCACCAUUAUGGAACGAUCGCCCAACGCGACAGUCCGAAGCAACGCUGUUAUUGCUCUUGGAGAUAUGGCUGUUUGCUUCAACCACCUUAUUGAUGAGAACACCGACUUCUUGUAUCGUCGACUGGCGGAUGACGACGCGUCAGUCAAGCGAACAUGUCUCAUGACGCUGACGUUCCUGAUUCUAGCUGGACAGGUCAAGGUCAAGGGUCAACUGGGUGAGAUGGCCAAGUGUCUCGAGGAUGAAGAUCGCAGAAUUGCGGAUCUUGCGAGAAUGUUCUUCACUGAACUCAGCACCAAGGAUAACGCUGUUUACAACCACUUUGUUGACAUGUUCAGUCUACUCAGUGCUGGAGGCAACAUGGAAGAGGAGAGCUUCCGUCGAAUCAUCAAGUUCCUACUUGGCUUUGUCGAGAAGGACAAGCACGCCAAGCAACUGGCAGACAAGCUCGCUGCUCGACUCGGCAGAUGCGAAACGGAGCGACAAUGGAACGACGUUGCGUAUGCUCUGGGUAUCCUGCAGCACAAGAACGAAGAGAUCACCAAGCUGGUGUCGGAGGGUUACAGGGUUGUUCAUUCAUCGGCAUGA